CGCUAGAAUUUUUUCCUCCUACAGCGACAUGGUAAGAUGCCUAGUGCCAACAAUAUAAUAAGACCACCAAAGCUGACUACGUUCAAUCUUAGGGCGGCUCCACUAGGAUUUGAUCAGGGACCAAUCUCUCUCUAUAUAUAACCCAGGACCUUAAGUUGUAACACAAACAAAUCACAUACUCCAGUUCCCAAGAAGUACUACAAAACAACAUGGGGUAUAUGCCUGCGAUAACCUUGGGGCAAACUUGUGUUAUGCCACUUAUCGGCAUGGGAACUGCCGCAUAUCCUCCGUCAGAUGUAGAAACUGCGAAAAACGCGAUCGUUGAAGCCAUCAGAGCUGGAUAUCGCCACUUCGACACCGCCUUUGCGUACCGCUCGGAGCAGCCACUUGGGGAGGCCAUAGCCGAGGCUCUCCGUCUGGGACUCAUCAAGUCUCGUGAUGAACUCUUCAUCACUACCAAGCUCUGGUGCAGCUUCGGUCACCGCGAUCAAGUGGUUCCGGCCAUCAAAUUGAGCCUCCAGAAUCUUCAACUGGAGUACGUGGAUCUGUAUCUGAUACACUGGCCAAUUAGACUGACCCAACAUAUUAACAGUACCCCAGUCCCAAAAGACCAUAUUGUUCCCAUGGAUAUUAAGUCAGUGUGGGAAGGCAUGGAGGAGUGCCAGAAACUUGGAUUCACCAAAGCCAUUGGCGUCAGUAAUUUCUCUUGCAGAAAGCUUGAUGAGCUCCUCUCCGUAGCCCAAAUCCCUCCGGCUGUCAAUCAAGUGGAGAUGAACCCUCUUUGGAAUCAAAAGCAACUGAGGGAGUUCUGUAAGGAAAAGGGCAUUCACGUAACUGCAUACUCUCCUUUGGGUGCCAAUGGUACUAAAUGGGGUGACAAUAGAAUUGUGGAGUGUGAUGUCCUUGACGAGAUAGCCAAGGCUAGAGGAAAAACCACUGCCCAGGUGUCUCUGAGAUGGGUUUAUGAACAAGGGGUGAGUAUAGUAACAAAGAGCUUCAACAAGCAAAGGAUGAGGGAAAACCUUGGGAUAUUUGAUUGGUCACUAACAGAGGAAGAAUCAAACAAGAUCAAUCAGCUUCCUCAGCGUAAAGGAGUCACCAUGGCUUCUAUUUUGGGACCCCACGAUUUGGUGUUGGAGAUUGAUGCAGAGAUCUGAAGUCUAUAUCUAUAUCUAUAUCUAUAUCUAUAUGUGUGUGUGUGUAAACAUGGAUAAAGUUUUGAGAUGGUUUUUACACUUUUGUAUCACAAUUCUUGAGUUCUUGUUGGAUACUAGGAAUACAUAUAUAUUGCCUCUUGUUUUGUAAUAAAGCGGAAUAAUUGUUUACAAAUAGUGGGAAUAAUGUUUAUUUAUUAUAAUCAGGAUCAAUAUUCAGUA